AUCUCAUCGCAUCCUUUUGAUGUAUUGUGUACCUUCAUCAUAGCCUCUGUUCGCACCUACUUAUUCUGUACUCAAAUCAAUUCUACCGUUUGGUUAGACAAUACCAUUUUAAAUGUGCUCGUGCUCAAUCUACUCCGUACUUGCAUUUAACAAUUACACCCACCAUCCACCAUCCACCAUCCACCAUCCACCAUCCACCAUCCACCAUCCACCAUCUUUCAGUCCGUAGUUUCUCCCGUUUCUUUUCAUCUCACGGCCCCCCUGGCUUAUUAUUAUUAUUACUACUUAUCUUUUGGUUCCUGGUCUACGGAGUAUACUAUACAACGGACGUUCCCCCUACCUAACCUUUAUAAUUCUAGUAGAUUUACUCCCUGGUCCCUACGCCUACGUUCCACAACGUGAAAGUACCCACUGAAACCUCUCAUCCUCGCCCUGAAAGCUUCACAAGGCCCCAAGGCAAAAGCUUCUCACGAAUCGAGGCCACUUCAAUUCAUCCAUUCAUUCAUUUUCAUUCAUUCCAUCAAACCUCCUCCUUCUCCACCAUCACCCUCCUCCCCCGACCUCACCACUCUCUCUCUAUAUCUCCCACCCCGACUCCUCAUCAGGAAAAUCAACCAACAAAUCGAAAUCGAAAGCGAAAGCGAAUUCAAAAGUACAAGCUCCUGAUACGAAUUUCUCUCUCAACGAAGAUUGUCAACGCCUUUAAUUUGUGAUAGCCUCCGGAGGCUUAUGGAUAAUGGUCGCUCGUAGAUGAUUUGGUUUCGAUUCGAAGUUGUGCAAGGAGGAUAUACCCAACCAAAAAACAAUUGACGACUUUUCGUCACGACACUCAUUUAAGACUCGCUCUUUGCUCAUACAUCCACGAUCUGGUAGAAUUUUAAUUUAAGAAGUGAGUCGAUAUUCGUUCACACCAAAAUAUUGAAUUGUUUGUUUGAGGGGAAAUGUUGGUUUGACUUGAAUGAUGACCGUCUUUUUACCAAAUAUGGGGUUGCGAUAUCAAUUCGAUAUCAAUUCGUUCGCAAAGUCUCGUCCCAUUAAGAUUUAUGCUGAUCAUUCAUGCGAUAUUCACUAUGUUGACAUACUAAUGGCAAUCAUCAAUAGAUACAAUCUUUGACAUUUAUUGUCAAGUACACUCGUUAUUACUUAUUCGCCCUGACAGUUAGUCUUCCGUCUUCAAUCUUCAAUCGUCAACCUUCAAGCUUGAUGGCCGCGGCCAUUCUCCUCUAACCAACGCCAUCAACAUUGUCGUUCUUUACUUGGAGCUUCAACUAAUUUAUGUUCAGAUCGAACUAAACUUACGUCCAAUACUUUCAAAUACUAAUAUCUCAAUAAUAAACUCGAAUUUAUUUGAGAUAACUUCCAAUUAUGCAUACACCUUCGUUAUUCUUGGCCUCUGUGGUCAUUCUUUCCUCAUUUGCUUCCGCAGAGGGGGAUCGACCAAAAUAUUACUUUCCACGAGAAAUCAAAAGACAAAUUUAUUCGAACAAUACGGUUACGAGCAAUGUUCCAGCUCAAACUUCAAAGACACAGGAUGACUCCACAACUACGUCUUCAUCCCUAUCAACCACAAGUUCGCAAUCGGAUGAUGGGGCUCAGGAUACUACGACAAAUAAAAGGGCAUCUUCUUCUUCAAGUAAUACUUUCUUGGAUUCACUUUCAUCCAUGUUCAAUUUAGGUCCAACAACUACGGCAUCGACAGCUACACCGAGUUCAUCGAGUUCAUCUACAAGCUUUACUUUUAGCACUACAUACUCGAGUACAUCAGUCCCAAGCGCUGCAGUAUCUUCAAAUGAUGCAACGACUGUUUUGGUUACUAGUUCGGCGAAUUUAGGAACUGGAUCCAGUGAAGCCCCUACAAUUUUACCAUCUACGAGUUCCAGCUUUAGUUAUAGUUCCAGUUUUAGUUCCAGUUCGACUUCGACUUCAACUUCGACCCCAACCUCGACCUUGACUUCGACUUCGGCUUCAUUUGUUGAAUCAACUUCCUUGCCAGCUUCUUCUUCUUCCUCGAGCGAGUCAAUUCCAUCUGUCACAAGCACUUCAGUUUUGAGCGCUGCAUCAAGUUCUAAUGCUGGACUAAGUGGGAUUUCAGGCGCAUCGACAGGAACAGUCCAAACUGUAUCGGUUCCUACAACUACUAGUACUUUUAGUUCAACCCCGGAAGGAAUUACCGGAGUCCCAACUGGAGCAGCAUCUAGUUCCUCGAUCGCUUCCAAACCAUCGUCCAGUUCUUAUGUCCUUGUUGGGCUCUCAUCAGCCACCACAAAGUCAGUUGCCGAACCCAGCAGUUCUAGUGGUGGAAUCGAUUUGUCUCUUGGAUUAGGGUUAAAUGGAGCUUCUACUGGUGUAUCUACAGCCUCGAGCGCAACUAGUGCUCCGAGUUCCUCAAGUGCAUCCAUCCCUAAACCAUCGACCAGCACAUUGGCAAAAUCUAGUGAAACUAAAGCUGCUGAAUCUUCAACCACAAAAUCGAGCUCGAGUUCAGUAGCACCUAUUGCCUCGGAAACUUCAAUUUCAAACUCAGGCUCAGUUGCAGGUAUCACCGGAGUACCUACUGGAUCUGGACCAUCAACAACUGUUCCAGUCUCAAUUCCAACUUCCACGGAAACUCCAAUCCAAAGCUCAAGCACUGCAGGCAUUUCCGGAGCACCUACUGGUAUAGCCCCGACGAUUAUUUCCAGUACUUCUCAAUCCACUGAAACUCCAAUCCAAAGCUCAAGCACUGGAGGCAUUUCCGGAGCACCUACUGGUAUAGCCCCAACGAUUAUUUCCAGUACUUCUCAAUCCACGGAAUCUUCAACAGCCUCUGUAGCCCCAAUUGAAUCAUCUUCGACUUCCAUUGAUGCCAUCGGAACUGGGUCAGCCCCAAGUACAAUUGUGUCCCCGUCAUCUAGCCCAUCAGCAGCUAGUUCUUCAAGCCCUAACCUUUUGGAACCAAUCGUCGCUUCUACAGGCUUGAUUCCAUCUCUUGUCAUUCUUCCUACUAUAACUUCAGAAUCUAGUUCUCAAAUCGCAUCAAAAACUUCAGCUGCUGCUUCAUCAUCUACUAGUGGAAUUACAUUUGGACCAGGUGGAGUUUUGUCUGGAUCAAGCUCUGUCAUUGCAAGUUCUACAGACACAAAUGCAUCGCCAGUAUCUGUCCCAACUGCCUCAUCUUCUGGAGUAUCAUUCUCAGGCUCAGCAGCUACCACCGCCCCUGCUUCUGAUACUACUAGUUCAACUGGCCUUUUGGGAAUUGUUGCUACCGCAGCAAGCAGUUUGGUUGGUGAUGUGACCUCAGAUGUAGGAACGGUAGUAUCUCAAAUCACAACUGCUAUUUUACCAUCGAAUACUCCAGCCUCAAGUUCAAUUGCCAAAGUUACUGGAGCAUCAAGCACUGCUUCUAUAGGUAGUUCGGCACCUUCAAGUGUGGCCGGAAUUAUUGGUGCCUCGACUGGUAUCUCAUCACCUUCCAAUACAGUUUCUGGAAUUAGUGGAGCUCCUACAGGCGUAUCUUCAAAUUCAGGAUCGACUGCCACCUCAUCAUCUUCUGGUGACUUACUUUCAUCUUUGAUUGGUGGUGUAUCGUCUUUGGUAUCUACUGCCACAUCUGAUCUUCCAACUUCUCCAACUUUGCUCCCAGAUGCUAGUGCCUCGGCUUCGUUAUCCUCGGCAGGCAUUAUUGGAGCUACUACGGCUGUUUCUAGUGCAUCUGCAUCAACAACUCCAGCUGGUUUACUUCCAUCUCUUGUCUCCGGAAUUACAUCUGAUUUACUCCCAACCAGUAUUGCCUCAGUUCCCGGGACAGCUGCUAGUGUUUCGGCUUCGCUAUCCUCGGCAGGCAUUAUUGGAGCUACUACUGGUAUUUCUAGUGCAUCUGCAUCAACAACUCCAGCUGGUUUACUUCCAUCUCUUGUCUCCGGAAUUACAUCUGAUUUACUCCCAACCAGUAUUGCCUCAGUUCCCGGGACAGCUGCUAGUGUUGCGGCUUCGCUAUCCUCGGCAGGCAUUAUUGGAGCUACUACUGGUAUUUCUAGUGGGUCUGCAUCUACUACAGUUCCAGCUGGUUUACUUCCAUCUCUUGUCUCCGGAAUCACAUCUGAUUUACUUCCAACCAGUAUUGCCUCAGUUCCUGGAACGGCUGCUAGUGUUGCGGCUUCAUUAUCUUCGGCAGGUAUUAUUGGAGCAACUACGGCUGUUUCUAGUGGGUCUGCAUCUACUACAGUUCCAGCUGGUUUACUUCCAUCUCUUGUCUCCGGAAUCACAUCUGAUUUACUCCCAACCAGUAUUGCCUCAGUUCCUGGGGCAGCUGCUAGUGUUGCGGCUUCAUUAUCUUCGGCAGGUAUUAUUGGAGCAACUACGGCUGUUUCUAGUGGGUCUGCAUCUACUACAGUUCCAGCUGGUUUACUUCCAUCUCUUAUAUCUGGGGUUACAUCUGAUUUACUUCCAACCGGUACUGCCUCAAUUUCUGGGACAGAUGUUAGUGGUUCAGCGUCCGCUACAGGCACUUUGAGCAGUGCUAGUGUCUCAGGUACUGCUUCUGCUACAGACCUUUUAUCUGGGAUCACUUCCGACCUUGGAUCUGUCACAUCUGGUUUAUUACCAACCGCCACUGCUACGGAUUUGAGUGCUUCAGCAUCCUCAGCAGGAAUUACAGGCCCAGUUACAGGAAUUAGUUCUACUGCUACCGCAUCAUCUGCCACAAUAUCAACUGGCCUUCUUCCUGGUGUAAGUUCUCUUCUUGGAUCGGUCACAUCAGAUAUUGGAUCAGUUACCUCAACAAUUUUGAGCGGAACUGGUAUAUCUGCAUCGGCUACAAUAACUUCUGAGGGUGCAUCAGCUACAGGAUUGUUGACAACUGUUAUUUCUGGUAUCACUUCUGUCAUUGGCUCUCCCACAGGUCUCUCGUCCGCUGCAGCUAGUUCUACCACACCUUCUGCUUCCAGUUCGACACCAUUGGUCAGUUUAAUAUCGAGUAUUCUUGGAUCUAGUACUAGCAGUGGUUCAUCAGCCACGAUUACAAGCCAUAUCUCCAGUGCUACCGGUGCUUCAAAUGCUACCGCUAUCAUUUCUGGAACAGAUAUCACAUCAAGCACUUCAAUAAGCCUUGGAUCUUCAUCAACAAUCUCAGGAACUGUCCUUCCAACAAGUGCGAGUGGUAAUGGGACUAUUCCAUUAUCUGCAACUAGUUUCUCCACCAGCAUUGAAACUGGAUCCUCUACAAUCAACUCUAGUUCAGGAUCAGGAACAGGAGUUGUUACUUUACCAACUCCAUCUCAAACUUCUGCAACAAGUAGAUUAGGCAAUUCCACAGACACCUCAAUCUCAGCUUCUUCAGCUCCUUCAGCUUCUUCUGGUUCAGCUUCAAGUCUAUCAAGUAUUGGAACAUCAGUUUCUGCGACAACGACCCCAAAGACGACAGUAUCUGAUAUUUCUUCAACAGCUGCUUCAUCAGCAACUGUCACAUCUGGAAGUUCAGCUAGUACAGCUCGAAUUACAUCGACAUCCUCCUCAACUACCCCAACAAUAAUUGCUUCUCCAACUCAUGAAAGUACUACAGCAGUCGUAAAAACCGAAACACCUAGCGAGACAACUGCUCCUCUCACAAUUUAUCCAACAGCUACAAAUAAUGCUACAUCAAUGUGGCUUCCACAAACCAUUAUUGUUCAAUCAUCAUCCACAAAUCAAGCUACUCCUACCAAUACUGCACUUGCGACAACUCUACCAAAGGUUAUCACUCCCAGUGGUUCUAUUCCAUCAAGUCCAGAAAAUUCCACAUUAAUUCAACUUGGUUUCCUCUACCAACUUAACUACGCAUUUGUUGUUGCCAAUUCACUUUCAUCGGCACAAAUCUUUCAAUAUCUUCCCAUUGGUAUCGCAAAUGGAUUAGGAAUUAAACAAGAACAAGUUAUCAUGCACAGUCUCAUUCCUUACAAUACACAAUCUCAAUUGGGGUUCAUCACAACUUUGGCCCUCGCUUAUAUUCCAACCGACUUGGUCAGCACUCUUCAACUUGAUUUACAUACUCCAACAGCAGCUAUCUACAACAAUCCUGAUCCAUCUAUUAACACACUUGUUAACUAUAUCAAUCCUUCCAUUCCAUUAACACCUGGUUCAACUCUUGAAGGUGGAUCUGGAACUGGAACUGGUAGUUCUGGAUCUGCAGCAACUACAAGCGCUUCUAGUGGAAAUAGUGGUGUAUUCAAUACCGAUGCUCAAAACACAUCUCCAAAGGUUAAGAGCACUACUGCUGGUAUCGUUGUUGGAGCUGCUGGAGCUGCUGCUGCCUAUGGUGCUGCCAUGUUCUUUAUCGCUCGGAGAUACAAGAAACGCAAGCUUAGCCAUCGUCGAUCAAACUCUAUGAUGAAUCCAUCGGAGAUGAGACAAUCUAGUGCUUUUACUGGUGGUGCUUUCAUGUCUGGUGGUCGUCUGACUCCUGGUGCUGCAGGACAUGAUAGAAAUAGUGGAGGAAGUGGAAGAAGUGCAGGAAAUUCAGCUCGAACGCAACAAAUCUCAGCACCAAUGAUGGCUGAAAAUUCUUUGGGAUGGAAUUGAACAUGGUCACUUUAAUAAUCUUUUUUUUUUUCACACAACUUGUACUUCAAAAGUACAUCAAGUCAAUCAAUCUUAACCUUAUCUCACUGUAUCAUAUGCACUCUCUAUCAAAAAAAUUUCUCAGCAAUCAAAUGUCUGAAUACGAGCAUCGCGCUCAUCUUUUUCCUUUCUUUUUUCCCUCCGCAAUCGCAUUCAUAAAUCCUUAGGCGUUGGGUAUCGUCUUCAUACUUCAUACCCCCUUCUGGCAUCAUAUAUAAAAUCUUUCCUCAAAAUUUUCGGGGUUGGAUUUUUGAUACAGAAGGUUUUUGUUUCUAUUUUGGGUAAAUUUGGGUGGGUAGGUGGGUAGGUGGGUAGGUGGGAUAGGAUGGAGAUGGAUGGGAUGGAAUGGAGAAAGAUAUAAGAAGAGAGAGAAAGGGAGAGAGAGAUAAGAUUUGGUGUGGAUGUGGGUGGACUGGUGGACUUGGUCGACAGGUAGGAAGGAAGGAGAAGAGAGUAGAGGAGAGGAUUAAAGAAAGCUUUUGUGUAUAUUUACGAACCCUACGAAACGCGGAUUAUUUCUUAUUAAUUUUUUUUUGAGGAUGUAUGUAUGGUAUGUAUGGUAUAUAUGUAUGUUUAUUUGAGUCUGUGUCGUUGUACGCGAGAUAAGACUUACCUGGCCUAGGUAAUUUUUUUUGUAGUGAUGUUUAUUUCUUUACUUUUUAUAAUAUUUAUUUUUAUUUUUUGGUUUGGUUGUGUAUUUGGUUGUUUUGGUUGUUUAUGUGUAUCCGCGGUUUGUUGGGGGAGAUAUAGUUAUAGUAGGU